AUGUCACAAUCACAAUCCACAGAUACUAAUCGUGAAACUCCACCUUUUUCUUCUGAUGCUCAAAGUAUUAUACCACGUUUUGAAGCUAUCGAUUCAAUUGGUGGCGGUGGUGUAUAUACCCCAGUAACGGAAGAACAAACAAAAUGUAACGAUAGUGUGUCAAAUCAAUAUUUUGAACAAGAUACUACAACAGCUGAAUUGAUUGCCAGUACUCCGACUCCUCCUACGAAUACUGCUACCCCUACUACUACUCAAGAAUCUUUCAUCAUUACAUCCCCAUUGUCAUCCCCACCGACUAUUGAACCCCCUCAACUGCCUAAAAUAUGUGCAAUAGAACGAUUAUCAGACCCGAAUAUCCCUCCUGCACACUCAUCACCCAGUACAACUAUUGGAUUAUCACCGAGUCAAUCAUUAUCCGUUGACAGUCAGUUCACUUGUGUGACUACAAUCAACACCAGUAGUUCAAAUCCUACAACAAAUGUCUCACCCAUUACUACUACAACCAACACGACAACCAUCACCACCACAACAACAACACCAACAACAACUACUACUACAACUGUUCGACGUCCUCGUCAUAAACCUGCAGAACGCCGUGAGCUACUCGAGUUAGCUGUGAAUGAUGUCUUAGGCUCACAGAUAUCUAUGCGUCGUGCUGCACAAAAGUAUAAUUUAGCUAAAUCCUCUCUAUGCGAUUAUGUGCGUAAAAAUGGUAUCAUUCUACCGAAUUUACGUUUUAAAUCGUAUCAUCAUCAAACACUGGCAGGUUCAACAGGUAGUGCUGGCAAUACUGCCUCGACUGAUUCCAGUAGAAAAGGUAACUUGUUACCAGGGACAAAUUCAUCUCGUCAAACGUCUACAUCAUCCUCAUGUAAACGUACUGGUUCACCAGUCGACGAACAGACGAAUGCCGCCUCGAUAACUACUUCUUUGCCAGCGAAACUCUCCUGUGGAAUAAAUCGUAAAGUUAAUAUUGGUAGAACAAGAAAUCUAGAUAAUCAUCCUCAUCACCCUCACCAUCCUCAUCAUAAUAAACAACAAACAAAAUUAUCUGGAAGAGGCAUGAAUCAUGUAGAGAAUUUAUCCUUCCCCCCAUUAGACAAUAUCAGAGGUGUAUCUUCUGCCAGUACCUGUGAUAUGAAUUGUAUUCGUUCGUUAAUAUCAUGUGAUCGAAUCGGUACAGAGUCAUCUUGUUCAUCUGAUUUGUGUUUAUCAUCAUUGAAUCAACAACGUUUUUGGUCAAAAUACUACGCAUCAAAGCAAUUUAUAUGA